AUGUCCCAAGCACGGAAAAGGAGGAGCAAAGGAAAGCAGGCCGUCAAAGAACUCAGGACUAGUUCGAGCUCGGACAUCAGCCACGAUAUAUUGCCGGAAGAUAUGACAGCGACGUCUUCGAUUGUGGCUGCACUGCGCCGGCAGCCCGUCUGGAUCGUGCUUGCGGUCUCGAGCGGUGCGUGUGCGGCAUUCAAUGGCGUCUUCGCCAAACUAACCACGACUUCCCUCACAUCGACGCUCUCCUCUCACAUAGCACUGCUCCUCUCACUCUCUGCAACCAACAAGAUCGUCGAGUUCCUCGUGCGCGGCACAUUCUUCCUCCUCAACCUGGCCUUCAACGCAGCCAUGUGGGCGCUGUUUACGGCGGCGUUGACGCGCGCGGACAGCACGACGCGGGUGUCGAUCGUCAAUGUCUCGGCGAACUUCAUGAUCACGGCUGUGCUCGGCUGGAUAAUCUUUAGCGAGAAGCUCAACGGCCUGUGGUGGGGUGGUGCGAGUCUGCUGGCGAUUGGGAACGUGGUCAUCGGCAGGAGGGAGGAGGCGAAGAAGCCUGGUGGGCCCUCAGGUCUGGACGAGACUGCCGGGCAGGCUGUGGAGAGUGAGGGCUUGUUAAGAACCUCGGGCGAUGGCGAGGAUCUGCUGGAGCUGGAUAAUACAGCUGAUAGUACGAGUCCUCGUCUAGGAAGAGGUGGCGCUGAUGACUAUAGGAGACUAAAGAGAGCAGAGGAGGCCGAUUCUCCUCUUUGA